AUGCUUUCUGGGUCAUAUUUCUUGUUUGGAUGUUCCUUCGCCUUAAUCCAUAGCAUGUUCCUGAUCGCGAGGAAAGACUUUUUAAGAAUUUAUAAGAGAAAAAGUUCUAACCGAAGCCAUUGCCCUAUUUGCCUUUCUGAUCUUAUUCGUCUUCUAGAAACAUCACUCUAUUCUCUCUUUCCUCUAAGUCGAAAGCGAGUUCCGUUCCCUCGUUUACUGCUUUGCUUUCCGAGCUUUCCUUAUUUCUUUUCUUUAUUAAAGAUAAAAGGUGAACAUCCUUCCAUGGCAAGUUUAGGCGCUGCAAGCGUUUAUCUUUCUUUCAUCUAG